AAAACACUUUCCUCACCAAUCAAACAAAACCCUCAGCUAUUUAUUAAUUGAAGCGCGAGCUUUUACUUGUAUUCACUUGGCAAUCGACUCUCUGUCUCCGCAAGGCAAAAAGAUGGAGAAAAGCAGAGUCGUCACCGUCUCCGCUCUGCAAUUCGCCUGCACCGAUGAUGUCUCCACCAACGUCGCCACCGCCGAGAGAUUGGUUAGAGCAGCUCAUCAGAAGGGGGCAAAUAUCAUUCUUAUCCAGGAGUUAUUCGAGGGUUAUUACUUUUGUCAAGCACAAAGGGAAGAUUACUUUCAGCGAGCUAAACCUCGUAAGGAGCACCCGACGAUAUUGAGGAUGCAGAAUCUGGCAAAAGAAUUGGGAGUAGUAAUACCAGUUAGCUUCUUUGAGGAGGCAAACAAUGCGCAUUAUAAUUCAAUUGUUGUAAUUGAUGCUGAUGGGACAGAUCUUGGACUUUACAGGAAGUCCCACAUCCCGGAUGGGCCAGGUUACCAGGAGAAGUUUUACUUCAAUCCAGGCGACACUGGUUUUAAGGUAUUCCAAACUAAAUUCGCUAAGAUCGGAGUAGGAAUUUGUUGGGAUCAGUGGUUUCCUGAGGCGGCUCGAGCCAUGGUACUUCAAGGUGCAGAAAUAUUGUUCUAUCCCACCGCUAUUGGUACUGAACCUCAAGAUGAGGGCCUAGAUUCUCGGGAUCACUGGAAGCGAGUGAUGCAAGGCCAUGCUGGGGCCAAUGUGGUACCUUUAGUUGCUUCAAAUCGCAUCGGUAAGGAGAUAAUCCAGACAGAACAUGGCAAAAGUGAGAUUACAUUCUAUGGGAAUUCAUUUAUAGCAGGACCCACCGGAGAAUUGAUUGCUGAUGCUGAUGAUAAAGAGGAAGCUGUUCUUAUCGCACAAUUUGAUUUGGAUAAAAUCAAAGCCAAGAGAAAUAGUUGGGGGGUGUUUCGCGACCGACGCCCAGAUUUAUACAAGGUGCUUUUGACAUUAGAUGGCAGUAAUCUUUUUGUUUGAUUCAUCAAUGAUCCGUUCCGAACUUAUUAGGCGGUUUAAUUUUUUGUUUUUCUAUUUAUUUUGAAUAAGUUCAUGGUUCGUUCUCUGGAUUAGCGGUAAUAUGUUAAAUGAGCGAUUUUAAUGAAUUAUACACAGCAGUGUUAUCUGUACGGUAUAGUUAAAAUAUUAUAUUUAUGGUUAUUCUCCAUAUAA